AUGUGUGAUACAAUAGUCACAACAGAUGUGCGGCGAGGGAACAUAACUGCAGAAGAACAGCUUUUGAUCAUUCAACUUCAUGCCAAGCUUGGAAACAGGUGGUCGAAAAUUGCAAAACACCUUCCGGGAAGAACGGAUAACGAGAUAAAGAAUUUCUGGAGGACAAAGAUUCAGAGACACAUGAAAGUGUCGUCGUCGGAAAAAAUGGAUAUUCGUCAAUAUUGUUCGGGAAAUUCACAGAGCUCGGUGAUGACAACGAUGGACCAAAGCAGCUCCAGCAAAGCCUUGGAUAUGGCUGAGAGCUUAAUCUCUCCGGUGACUACUACGACGUCGUCGUUUCAUGUUUUGGAACAGUCAAACGACAGUUACUGGAACGUUGAAGAUCUGUGGCCCGUCCAGUUGCUUAAUGGUGACCACCAAGUGAUUUAA